UUGAAAGGAUUGCUUUGCACGAGGCAUGGCCCAAACCUCCAGGAGUUGUGAGCACCAGUGCUGAGCUGAUUGGUUGGGUGCUCUCACCUCCUGAAAGGCCAACCGGCACAUCACUCACUGAUGAACUGCCCCUCAAUGUCAGGGAAGCUGACAGGCACCCCAAGAAGUGGUUGGACAUGGGGCAGAUAUAUGUGUAAUAUUACAGAAAAAUAAAUGAAAAAGCUUAUGAAUAUACAAAAAACAUCUAAGAUUAAAUUGGAAAUGCUCACUCCAAUGCACAACCUGCAAAACAAUAAGCCCCUAUAAGACUGCGAGAUGUAUACAUUAAAAAUAUCCCCAUGUCCUGUAGGACAAUAUGGGUCAUGUCCUUAAUCAUUAACUGCUCAUUAUUUUAGUAUUUGCAAUAUGUUAUGCAAUACAUAUGUAACGCUACUCUCCAAAGCACUUUCAGCCUGUUCUUAUCGAUUUCAUGUUGGAUUGUUGCCCUGUACCUGGUCAUGUAUAAAUAGAGAAGGACAUAGUACAGACAGAGCUGGGAUCACUUAAGAAUGGCUCUGAACAUUGCAGGAACACUUCUCCUGGCCACCGGGGUCACUCUACUAAUAUAUCUCAUGAAAUGGUGGGGAAGGGUCAAACACAAUAAGCUACCCCCAGGACCUACACCUCUACCCGGCCUGGGGAAUAUACUGCAGAUCAGCACCACGGAACUACCGCAGUCUUUAGUUAAGCUAAGUGAGAGAUAUGGACCUGUCUAUACCCUCUAUAUAGCAAACCUUCGGACGAUAAUACUGAUCGGGUACGAUGCAGUGAAGGAAGCCUUGGUGGACCGCAGUGAUGCGUUUAGUGAUAGGGGAGACACAGGAGCAGGAGAGUUUUUUAAUAAGGAUUUCGGUGUCCUUGCAAGCAGUGGAGAAAGAUGGAAAAUUCUUCGUAGAUUUUCUCUGACAACUUUGAGAAAUUUUGGAAUGGGAAAGAGGAGUAUUGAAGAACGAAUCCAAGAAGAAGCCCAAUGUUUCACAGAGAAAUUGAUGAAGGACAAAAAUGCUCCGAUUAACCCAGCAUAUAUAUUACGACGUGCUGUUUCCAAUGUUAUUUGCUCCGUUGUGUUUGGAGAAAGAUUUGACUAUGAAGAUCAAAACUUCUUGACUCUCUUGUCAAACAUUCAAAAACUUCUUCAGAUGUUCAACUCCCGUUCAGGGCAGCUCCUUAACAUUUUCCCAAAAAUAAUGCCCUACCUUCCCGGCCCACACCAAAGGAUCUUUAAAAUUACUGACAACCUCAAACAAUUUAUUAAAGAGAUGGUGAAGAAGCACAAAGUGACCCUGGAUGAGAAUUGCCCUCGCGACUACAUAGAUUGCUUCCUGAUCAAGAUGGAAGAGGAAAAAAAGAAUCCGGACACAGAAUUUCAUGAAGAAAACCUGGAGGGAGCAAUAUUAGACUUAUUCUUUGCUGGAACAGAGACUACAAGUUUGACAUUGACAUACGGUUUUCUUAUACUCCUGAAAUUUCCAGAAAUACAAGAGAAGAUCCACAAAGAGAUUGAUAAUGUAGUAGGUAAAGAUCGCUGUCCAUCAAUAGAAGACAAGACAAAAAUGCCCUAUACAGAAGCUGUAAUUCAUGAGAUCCAGAGGUUUGCUGAUAUUGUCCCUUCAGGACUACCCCAUGCUGUCAGCAAGGACACAACCUUCAGAGGAUAUCACAUUCCAAAGGGAACUAUGGUGUUUCCAGUCCUGACUUCUGUCCUGAAAGACCCCAAACAAUUCAAGAACCCAGAUGAGUUUGAUCCUGGACACUUUCUUAAUGAAAAAGGUUCCUUUAAGAAAAGUGAUGCAUUUAUGCCAUUCUCUGCAGGUAAACGUAUGUGUAUGGGAGAAGGCCUGGCCCGCAUGGAGCUCUUCCUCUUUCUAACCACUAUACUGCAAAGGUUUACAUUGGAGCCCACCAUAGACAGAAAGAAUCUGAGAAUAGAACCGGAGGCCAACACUAAUGCUUCAAGACCUCAAUCCUACCAGAUGAAUGUUGUCCCUCGUUCCUGAGUUAAGGACAAAGUUCCUACAUGAAAGGGGUACUCCGGCACUAAGACAUCUUAUCCCCUAUCCAAAGGAUAGGGGAUAAGAUGCCUGAUCGUGGGGGUUCCACCGCUGGGGACCCCUGUGAUCUUUCACGCAGCACCCUUUUACAAUCAGUCCCCGGAGCAUGUUCGCUCCGGGUCUGA